UUUUUUUUUCUCAAUAGUACUUGUUUCCUUUUAUUAUUUUCUUUCCUUCAUCCUAUAACUUGGAAUCCUAUCAUGUCAAUCGGUCUUACUGGAUUUCGCAAUGCUCCUGUCACAAAAGUACUAGUUACUGUCAUUGGUAGUUGUUCGGCAAUAUCUUGUCUAUAUGAAGCUAACCAUAUACCAUUACAUAAUUCGUUCUGGCGAACAAUCUCCUCACAAUGGACUUUUCCCAGCAUUGGCUCGGCAAUUGUAGGCACUUGGUUGAUAUACAGACUACGCAUUAUUGAAAGACGAUACGGUAGCUCGAAAUUUGCCGCUUUGGCGUUUAUCUCUAUUGUUAUGUCAUCUCUACUUCAUCAUGUGACUGGAUUGACCUUGGGUGCUACUUCUCGAUCUACUUUGACCGGACCUUAUGCAUUGAUCUUUGCCAUCUUAUAUCAAUACCAUCUUAUUGUCCCUUCAACUUACCAAGUUCCAGUGUUGAUGAAAAUAACAAUGACUGACAAGUCAUAUGUUUAUGCAGCUGCAGCUCAGCUACUGUUAUUACAAUUACCUUCUUCGAUUGUACCCUCUCUUUAUGGAUUAUUAUCUGGAGUUCUCUAUAAUUUUGAUGGUAGCAAUAUGAAAGAUUGGAGAUUUCCAAGUUGGCUUCGUUCUUUUGCAUCCAAUUACAUUCUUCCUAUUCUUGGUACAACCUCACCUACUCCAUCAUCCUCUAAUUACCUAUCACGACCAUCAUCCAAUACGAUAAUUGGCGCUUCAUCAUCCACUAGUUAUUCCAGCAAUCAUGUUCGACAACGAAAUACAAAUCAAGUAGACUUACCUCCAUCGUCUGAAAACAUUGAUGCAUUACUUUCAAUGUUCCCUCAUUGUUCAAGGGAUGUUGCUGCAAAUGCCUUAAUAUCAUCAAGACAUGAUUUGAACCGUGCCGCCGAAACUUUACUGACUACAGCACCGCCACCUUCAUCAGCAACAGAAGCUUCAUCCUCUUCAUCACCAUCCACAUCAUAGGUUAGUUAGUAUAUAUAUCCUCUCUCUCUCUCUUCUUACCUUUUAAUUAUUAUUGUCUUGACGUAGAUAUAAGAAACAAAAAAAUCAAUAAAGACCUUUUUUUAGUAG